AUGCCGCCAGAAAAGCGCGAGAUAUUUGAUUCUCUAAAUGGUUGGGCCAAAAGUAAUAUUCUGGUGCACCUAAAAGAUGUUGAGAAGUCAUGGCAGCCUAGCGAUUUCCUGCCAGACCCUGCAUCUGAUGGAUUUGAGGAACAGGUCAAGGAUCUCAGGGAAAGAUGCAAGGAAAUUCCCGAUGACUAUUUUGUCGUGUUAGUUGGAGAUAUGAUCACCGAAGAAGCUCUUCCAACUUACCAGACCAUGAUUAACACUCUUGAUGGAGUGCGAGAUGAGACAGUGCUAGCCUCACUUCCUUGGCCAUCUGGACCAGGGCAUGGACUACUGAAGAGAAUAGGCAUGGGGCGUAAAGCACUAGACUAUGUUUGUGGAUUUCCUGCAAGGUUCAGAAAGUUGGAGGAGACAACUGCAGCUAAGGCCAAGCAGGCAUCAUCUGUUCCAUUUAGCUGGAUUUUCAAUAGAGAGGUAGCAGCAUCUGGGUCUUGGCUUCUUUGCCUCAGAGCUCCAUUUGGAACAUAA